UAGCUCUGCUCUUGGCGCCACCCCUCUCCCCGCCGAACGAUCAAGAGAUCCUUGGGGGGUUCCCGUAGGUGUCAUUUCCCCGACAUAAGCCGACGAUCAUCUCCCCACAGUCGUAACGAUCGAUGCAUCAUGAAGUUGUGGCUGGAGUGAAAACCGCGAGGUUGCUCAAGCAAGGCGGUAGCCCUUUGUGCCGAUGUCGAGGUAGCCGAGAGCGUAGGAUGGUGUAGGCGUGGUCGAGGUAGUCGUAUGAAGAACGCUAUGGUCGAUGUUGAGUCGGGGUAGCCGGUUUCGAGGAAGUCGCGAUGGAGCCGCGAUCGUAAGGAGGCGCCGAGUUAGUCAUGGGCGCAGUGGUGACGAAGUAGUGGUGCGCCGGGAAGAAGGCGUAGUUGAGACAUGUCGUGCCGGGUUUGCCAAGCCUGGGUACGCAUCCUGGAUGAAGGCGCACAUCGGUGUUGCCAGCACCAGGCAUGCGUAGAUGGACGAAAUCAAUGUUGGCGAUGCGUCGCUCCAGUCUUGCCAGGCCUGGGAGCACAUCUGGGACGAAGGCGCACGUCGGUGUUGCCAGCAUCGGGCAUGCGUAGACGGGAGCCUGCACAAACUGGUACGUCAUGUUGAGGAGGCUAGCGGAGAAGGAGUCAACGACGGUUGCGGCGCAAAUCGACGGGGGGCGAUGUUGCCCACGGUGGUCAGAGUAGACGAAGUGGUUGGGGUAGACAACGACGACGCUGGCGAUGAGCUGGUGCUGACGGAAAUGAAGGGGGUGGACGGGCGGCGCGGCUCGGGUGAGCGAGCUGCAGCGGUGUCGAAGAAGAGCAGCGACGUCGAAGAAGAGCAGUGGCGGCAGCCUGACGGCGAUGCUCAAAGUAGGCGAGGAAGAACCCACAGCGUGACGAAGACAGGCUCGGACGAUGGCGUUCCCGCACCGAGGGAGACGACGCGACGUAUACCACAGGAAGUCGAUAUCGAGGACGUCGCAGUGGACCGCACGCCGCGGCGCAACGGCCCGAAGGGGCGACGAAGCGGCAACGCGCGGGUCGGGGCGACGGUAGAAAGACCUCGGGGCGGCGGCGUGGACCGCGUGCCACGGCUCUAUGGCCUGAAAAGGCGACGCAUCGGCGGUGCGCGGGUCGGUGGAGCCACGGGGACGGCCUCGGGCGACGGUGGGGACCGCGUGCCGCGGCUCUACCGCCCGAAGGGGCGGUGUAGCGGUGGCUUGUGGGUCGGGGCAACCAUCAGAAGAACCACUAAGCGGCGGUGCUGUGGCCCGACGGGGCGACGUAGCGGUAGUCUGUUGCUCGAUCGGUGGAGAGGGGAGCUAUACUCGAGGACAACCUUCACAGGACGCGUGGAGGCGCAUUCAAUCGACUGAUCAGGUCAGUCGCACGACGUAGAUGGAGUCUAUCGUGACGGGCGGGUGAUCAAUCUGAUUGCACGCGAGGUCGGGGGCACUGCCCGACGAUGAUGACGGCGUCGUGGACGGUGAAGCGGGGUGGUCAAGCAGACCAAGGGGACGACGCUGGCGGGGAACGACGUGUCUGAGGCAGGCGACGCCCGAGCGCAAAAGCUCGAGGGAGCUGACAAGUGGCGACAGAGAGCCGAGACCGAAAAGCUCGAGCCGACAAGGCCGCCCGAGCCAGGGAGACGACAAGCCCGAGGCGGUUGAUAAACGGCGGCGGAGACGGUAGGUGAUGUAAGAUCCUGAUUGGACGCAGGCGACGACGACUGACACGGAGCGACAGGUGGGCAGACGCGUGAACGACGGUCGGGACGGACCGCCGCGUCCCCAGUCACAGAAGUGGACGGGUCACGCCAUCGUCAAAAUUUAGGCGCGCAUGUGUCGAUGAUGGCGGCGGACAAUGCAACCCGAUCUUAGAUCGAAAAACCAAAAAGACAACGCCGAUCAAAACGACUGACGGAAGAGAGAAAAAACUGGAUCAA